GGAGAGAGGGAGAGAGCGAGAGAGCCUACCUGGAGGAUUGCUAUGGCAACAGGUUGCCAGUAGCGACUGGGGUACCACUACAUCCCUGCGUGAGUCUGCGGGGAUGAGCGGCGCGUCAGGACGGAGGAGAGAAGAGAGGAACAACAAGCGGAGGGUGAGGUCUGCCCGGCUCAGUCAGCACACACAGAGACAUCACAGGAAACACUGCGAAGCUGUGUGACUCUGUGGUGAGGUGAGGAGCCCGCAGGUCUGCGAGGAAGAACCAGAACCAAGAAGGAGAACCAGAAAAUCUACCGGGAUGGAGAGCCGCCGCCGCCGCCGCUGACGCCGACGGAGACCCCCCCGAGCUCCGUCCUCACAACAACAGGUCUUAUCCGCCGGCUGAGCCCAUCUUCCCCUCCAAAAUCUUUCAGCAACCGACAAAGAGCUGGAGCCGAGACGAUCAAGCAUGGAUGUGCCCAGGAUGGCCGAGGGCCUCUUCAGCAGCACGCUGUCCUCGUCGGGUGGCGGCCAUCACGUGCCCUCCUACCUGACGCUGGAACAGAAGGCGGCGUUCGUCUUCGUGCUGCUGCUCUUCAUCUUCCUGGCCCUGCUCAUCGUGCGUUGUUUCCGCAUCCUGCUGGACCCGUACCGCAGCAUGCCCUCGUCCAACUGGACAGACCACACCGAGAAGGACACGUUCGAUUACCGCAUCGUCUGAGGAACCCGCGCCGAGGGAGCACAGAUUGGAAAACAGAAAAAAAAUAAAAAUAAAAGACUCAUUUGAUGCUUAAAGAGCACUUUGGCCCUAAGAACAAAUGACUGCUGAUUCACCGGGAAAACAACAGCUUCCAGAAGAUCUUCUGAAAGUUCAGACUGAAAAGAAUUUCAACGUCUCGUCGUGGAAAUGAGCGCCAACCAGAGUUCAACAGCUUCUCCCUGCCAAAUCCGAAAAUUCUCAACUAUUACAAGACAACCAAGAACUAUGCUAUGAAGAUGAUUAAUCCAACCACCAUGACCGAGUCCAAGUGAUGCACCAGAGCCACUUACGGUGACCCCAUAACCGCCUCCCCGUUCCCCCGCCAUCAGUUCUCUUGUGGACUACCUCGUUCCUCCUCCAUCUCAUGUGUGGAAGACUUUUCUCACAUCUCACACAGGGUCGAAUAUCUUUCUGAGGUCUAAGCCAGUGGGAUACUAACAGUUUACAUCUUUAUCAUGUUUACGUAUUUAGAUUUUUAUUGAUAAUGUAGACAAUCAGUGUUUGAAACCGUUCGUGAAAAAGAAUAAAUAGUCGAUUGGUUGUUUUUUUUUUUUUGUUCGUUUGUUUUCAACGUCUUAAUUUGUGGACGGAAACGAGAGGUCCAAAAGCCUUCUGUGCGACUGAUUCAGGCCGAGAGGAGUUUAAUGCCUUAUGUCUUUGUAAGAUGUUCUGCGGUGGACGGUUCGUGUUCAAGGUCACAAAGCAGGUCAAGUAAUUACAAAGAAGGGAACCGUCGAGGAAAAAAGUUCUCCCUUUAAUGUUCCGGAAAGGUUUGGAUGGAUCGACGCCAGCAGUGAGUAACUUUAACCGUUCAGUGUGUGUGUGCGAUAAAAAGAGGCCGGCGUCCACGUCUUUAGAUGUCAACAACCAAAAGAGGUAUUGAAGAUUUAAAAAAAAAAAAAACAUUUACUGUGCUGUACCUUGUGCCUAAUU